AUGUAUUACAAGCGACUAGUGGCGCAUGCGAUAUGCCCAAUAUGCGGGGGAGGGGUUGAAAUGACGGACCAUGUUUUUCGAAGUUGCCCUGCUUCAAAGGAUGUUUGGAAAUUAGUAGGGUACUCGUGGAUAAUGUCAAAUACAACUCAGGAAACGUUUGAAUGGCUUACCUGGGUAUUCAGUGUAAGUUCUGUUCUUCAACGGAGGGUUUUUUGUUGUGCCCUUUGGGCCUUGUGGAUUGAAAGGAAUAAGCGUGUGCAUGAGAACUCCGCAAAAUCGGGCAGAGAGGUAGCCAAUUUCAUUCAAAGUUACAUUAAAGAACUAGAAGGUAUCGAAGAACGAGGGCUUACCAGGGGAGUUAUUAGCGCUAAACUGGAACCUCCUUCGGGGGUUUGUAUUAAAAUAAACUUCGAUGCGGAUUUUGAUUGGGCACAUUCUAGGUCGAGGUCGGGGAUAGUGGCCAAAAACGCCCUGGGGAAGGUGGUUGCCUCUAGAUCGGUCAUACAUGCAAAUGUUGGGGCGGCUUUUGCAGCGGAAGCUCUUGCCCGUUUAUGGGCAGUACAAACGGGGUUAGAUUUGGGUUUCACAGAUAUGAUUAUAGAAGGAGACUCUUUAUCAGUUAUAAAGAAAUCCAAGUCAGAUUCACAAGACAAAUCAGAAAUAAGUACUUAUACCCGGAAUAUAAAACGAAAUAUCAACAGUUUUCGGUCUCUACGAAUCAAACAUGCAAGACGCUCGGCUAAUCAACUUGCUCAUGUAAUAGCUACUGAAAGUUUGAGAAAUGGUGAAGAGUUUUACCUGGAAGAGAAGGUCCCGAGAUUCGUUGUGAGGAUAAUGGAAGAAGAAUGGAUUAGAGCCCGAUUAAGGAGGAAGAUGGUAAAAGCUCUUCGAUCCCUGGGAUAA